AUGGCAGAGGUGGGGCGGAGAAAGACACCUGCCAUUGCUGCUCAUAAGACCGGCCCCGGGCCGGGACAGUACCGUCUCCCUCCGACUGUCGGAUUUGUCAACCACGACUGCACCAAGUUAACCAGCCCAGCUUAUUCCUUUCACAGGAGGCUCAACAAUGUCAUGUACUUUAAAGAUUCAAGCCCAGGUCCCUGCUAUUACGUGGACCCGCAGCUCACUCGCUUUGGCAGGAGCGGAGGCCCGUCCUAUUCCAUGCUGGCGAGAUCAAAGACCGUGGUGCAGCCACAGACCCCCGGGCCAGGCAGGUACAGUCCAGAGAAAGCCCCACCUGUCACCCAGCGCAGGCCGCCGUCUUUCUCCGUGGGAUCUCGUACCAAGUACCGGCGGGCGGAUCCCGUCCCUGCCCCGAACAGCUACACUCUCCCCUUGCUGCUGGGCUCCCGGGUCCCCAGCAAACCGUCCAGCCCUAGUGUCACCAGCUCAGGGUGGAACAAACACGGUGGGUUUUCUGAGGCCUUGUCCCAAACGCCUGGCCCAGGCCGUUACAACAGGAUGGAUCCCAACACCUACUUGCCCCGACCACCUGCCUCCUCCAUUCGGGGACGAUGCAGUGUGCCCAGGGCUGCCUUCCAGACACCAGGACCUGGAACACACAGCCCAGAAAAUGUGACCGCCCACAGGACAAGAGCCCCGGCCUACUCCCUGGGUGUCCGGCACUCCGAAUUUGUCACUCCUCUCAUUGUGGAUGUUUCCCAGUGA